AUGGCCGACAAUUUCCCAGGCCUGAGUUGGGCCUACAAUUCGAGGGAAUUCUCUGAUCUCACCAUUGUUUUCGAAUUUUAUACGUUCAAAUUACAUAAGGUGAUCAUAUUUGGACAAUCGCCGAUACUUCGAGCCUUGUGUGACGGCAAGGAGGAGGUGAAACUUGAAUCUUUCACAGACAUCGAAUAUCCCCAAGCCUAUGAAGCGAUGUUCCAUUUCAUGUAUGGGCUCGAAUACGAUGACAGCUCAUUCGACAACCUUAUUAUCUUCUACUUCGAAAUGUACCGAGUUGCGCGUUAUUAUGAGUAUCGACGCCUACAGCUCUUUGCGUUCGAAAAGUUCAAAGAAUAUACUACAAAAUCUUGGAAUGCAGGUGAAUUCAUGGACGUACUGAUCAAGGGGGUAAAUCUCAAUGAUGAAGAUCUACAGGAUGUUCUCAAAAAAGCAUGUCAUGAACACUUUGAUGAGUUGUAUAUUGACAGCAACUUUCAAGACAUCAUCCAAGAACGAAAGGGGCUGGCGUUUGAACUGGUCAAAUGCUUCAGCCAGUCUCUAAAAAAGUAUCGGUGUCCUCGGUGCAAGAAGUUAUGGUCAUUGGAUUCCACAAUCUUGCCUUCACCAUCAUACUGUCCUAACUGUGGCUUGUUUCGCGCAUUUUGGGACCAUCUGUAUGGCUUCUAA